GUGAGUAAUUCUUUACUGGAAAGGAUUUUUCAUUCCUUUUACAGAAAUGCCGCACUUUCGACUGCCGCUGCUGCCAAACCACAAGAGAAGCAAGAGAAGGGACCGGUUGUAAGUCUUUCGUUCAUCAUGAAUCUUUUCCGUGGACAAGCUGUCACUGAACAGAUUUUCCCCUAUCCACUGAAGUUGGACGACGAUCAGCGUGAAACCCUUCAUAUGUUCAUCACUCCCACCGAAAAGUUCUUCGAGACAGUGAACGACGUUGUGAAAAACGACGAAACUAUGGAGAUUCCAAUGGAAGUGUUGAAGCAAUUCGGUGAACUUGGAGGCUUUGGUGCAGUGGUACCGCCAGAAUACGAAGGAGCUGGUUUGUGCAACAGUCAGAUGGCGAAACUCGCAGAAACCAUUGGCGCCCACGAUCUAGGAUUUGGCGUCGUGAUGGGCGCCCAUCAGUCGAUCGGCUACAAGGGCAUCCUUCUUUACGGCACUGAAGAGCAAAAGAGCAAGUAUCUACCAGAUCUAGCGACGGGACGCAAAUUUGCAGCGUUUUGUCUCACUGAACCAGGAAGUGGAUCUGAUGCUAAUUCGAUCAAAACUCGUGCUGAAAAGUCGCCAGAUGGCAAGCACUACAUCCUGAACGGCGGCAAACUCUGGAUCAGUAACGGUGGCUUCGCUGACGUCUUUACCGUUUUCGCUCAGACUCCAGUAAAGACGCCAGAUGGAAGCACGAAAGACAAAGUGUCGGCGUUCAUCGUUGAACGAGCCUUUGGUGGUGUGACCAGUGGGCCGCAGGAGAAGAAAAUGGGCAUCAAAGGAUCGAACACCACCGAAGUACACUUCGAUAAUGUUAAGGUUCCCGUCGAGAAUUUGCUCGGAAAGGAAGGUGAAGGAUUCAAAGUGGCGAUGAACAUUCUGAACAACGGCCGUUUCGGUAUUCCUGCAAUGUGCACCGGUGCAAUGAAGUACUGCAUACAGAAGACGGUUGAUCACGUAACGAGUCGUGUACAAUUCGGUCAAACCUUACAGGAGUUCUUCAAUGUCCAGGAGAAGCUCACAAACAUGGUUGCCCGACACUAUGCCACCGAAUCGGUUCUCUAUCUACUAGCUUCGAAUAUGGAUCGUGGUAUUAAGGAUUACCAGUUAGAGGCGGCCAUUGGAAAAGUCGCCGCAUCGGAAAACGCCUGGUGGGUAUGUGAUGAGGCGAUUCAGCUGCAUGGUGGCAUGGGAUUCAUGAAGGAUUGUGGUCUGGAACGAGUUAUGAGGGAUCUACGAAUCUUCAGAAUCUUUGAAGGUGCUAAUGACGUUAUGCGACUAUUUGUGGCUUUGACCGGAGCCCAACAUGCUGGAAAACAUUUACAGAAGAUGGCUAAGGAUAUCAAAUCCGGCAGUAUUGGAACGCUCCUUGGACAGGUGGUGAAAAAAGCAACAGGUGGCAGCACUGGUGCUGACUUUUCGAGCGUAGUAGAACCAGCUCUCAAAGAGUCAUCUUCGAAGUUAGACGAAUGCAUAAAAGAGUUCGGCAAGACAGUAGAGAGUCUACUAAUGAAGUACAAGAAAGGAAUCAUCGAUAGGCAGUACGAGCUGAUUCGAGUAGCAGACGCGGCAAUCGAUAUCUAUUGUAUGAUAGCAACAAUUUCCAGGUUCGUAAAUAUACAAAGAACAUAA